AUGAAAACUUAAUUCACUCAUAUACCUUUAUUUCUCAAAGACAAGGAAAUUCAUGAUAAUGAGCAUGCACUUGCACUCCGUAAUAAGAAUAUCAAUAUUUGGCCCAAUGAUAUACCUUCAAAAUUACUUAUCCUUGAUCUAAGUGGAAAUCGAUUCUAAACUAUCCCUUACCAAAUCAAUUUCAUUUAGCACUUAUAAAAACUUAUUUUGCGAGAUAACUAUAUUGAUAAUCUUGAACAUACUCUUACUCUCCCUUAACUCUUCUAUUUAGAUCUUAGUUAUAAUUACAUAAGUAAUUCUCAUUUAACAUUAAGGAAAGGUACCUUCCAGCCUUACUAAAUUGAAUUCUCUCCACUACUUAAAUUUAAACUCUAAUUUGAUUGAUGAAUUACCUCGCCAACUCUUUGACUUGCAAUAUACAUUCUUAGGUAUUUCUAAGAAUGCCUUUGUUAUAAUUCCACAAGAAAUUUGCAAAAUCAUUAAAAAACUAGAACAAUUCGAAUUGGAUUGGUUAAAUUAUUGUAAUUUUUCCUACUUUAUGGAUGAGUAAUUAUGCAAUAAAUUAAUGAAUGUUUUCAGUAUUGAUUGUACAUUUUCACAAUUUUAUGAACACUUUAUGAAUUCUUAAUUCUCUUACAAUUUAGAGAAGAUUUUUACUAAUCAUUCUUUGGGAAUACUAAGAUUGAUAUUUCAAUUUUAAUAAGAAGUUUAAAUGAAAAGUUUAAUGUUUGUUGUGUCUUAACCAGGAACGAAAGAGAAUAUCAAAUUUAUUAAUUAUCUUCUAGAUCUGCUUAAUUAAAAUGAUUCAGAGCUCCUCAAUAUCAUUUAUAUAUUAAGUGCAAGAACAAAUUAAACUUUUAUCAUCUAACUUCUUUACAAUUACAAAAUCAAUGUACAUUACUCCAUCAAAUUUGAUUUAAUUUGCAAUCAUAAGAUGUUUAUUUUAAAAGGUCAAACACCUUUUACUACAAUAUUGCAACAUAGUCAUAAUAUUGAUGCAAUUAUGGAAUCUUGGGUUUAAAAAGGUUUUGAUCCUAAAAUAAAGCACCAAGGUGAGAAUUGUUUACAUAUUGCUGUUAAAUAAAAUAUUUAUGAAGGUGUCAAAUGGGCAUUAAAGCAUUGUAAAAUUGAUUAAAAGGAUAGUAUUCAUAAAAGUACUCCUUUACAUAUUCUAUUUCAGAAAUAAUAGUCAGUGGAAAUAUUUUAUUUAUUAGAGAAUUAUAGACCGAAUCCUUUUAUUGUCAAUCGCUAUAACAAAAUUCCACGAUUCUAUUAAACCUAAAUGAUUUAAUUAAGAUUUGUCAAAUUAUAUCUAAAAUAUGAGAGAUGGUUCUUACGAUUUCAUUUUGAAACAUACAACUCAAAUAAAUUUCAUGGAAUGAUUACUUUAGGAAGUAGAUCAAAUGCCAGAUAGGAAAGUGAAAUUUCAGCUCUAAAUACAACUGAUAUGAGUGUCUUAAAUGGAGAAUAGUUACUAGAAUAAUUACUGAGUGAAAUUUUGAAGAUAUUGAGGUCAUCUAAAUAUCUGCCAUCUAUUAUGGAUAAGUUUAAUGUACUUAUAAACACUUCUUAAGACUUAUAAGCUAAAAUUUGUUUACAAUUUAUCUUGAAAUUAUUGCAAUUUAAAGCCAAGUUUGGUUUGAACUAUAAAUCUACAUUUUUACCUUAAGUCAUAACUUAAAUUAAUUUACUAUUCAAACAUAAAUUCUUAUUAGAGAAAAUAAGUGUUUGUUCUCAAGAUAUUAAAUAAAUCAUUGAAAACAGAAAAUAAAUAAUAAACUAGGCUAAGGUUGAGUAAAAUAAAAUUGAAUAAGAUCAUCUUAUAAAUUUAUCUUAAAAACUUAAGUUCAAUAUUGUUAAUGUGAUCGACCCUUAAACUAAUUCAAAAUUUAAUGAACAAUAUAUUUUGAAUUAUAUCAAUAUAACUUAUUUGGGUAAUAAUAUGAAAAAGAUAAGAAAUAAUAACAUUAACAUUUUGAAUUAAUAUGAAACUUUAUAAUUUAAAGAUUAUUCAGGUGAGGAAUAUAUAGAAAUGCCAGAAAGCCCACGAAAUACUCUUUUAGAAAAAAUGAAGUAUGCUCCAAUUGUGAAUGCAAAAUUCAAAGAUUUUUCGAACAUUAGAUCAAAGUCAUAAAUAGAAAUGUGA